AUGGACGUGUUCAAAAUUGAACCAGAGAGUCUGCACAGGGAGACAGUUUUGACAUCGUCGGAAUCUCCUGAUUUGAAUCCGGAAGUAUCUUUUGACGCAGGAUCAGAAUUCAAUUUGGAUUUUUUCGAUAAUCCGGAUGAGAAUUCGAACACUGGCCAAGGGUUCAGUGAUCCUGGUUCCGUAGAUUCUUUGGCACCAAGUUCUCCUCAGGGGCUGCCUAUAACAGGGGUGGUGACGAGUUCUGGUUCGGGGCAGGUUUUGAAUGCUGGAGGGAAUUCUGGGGUGAAUGGUCAACAGGGAGUCGUCGUCCAGCAGACUUGCAUUAAACAAGAACAAUUUUCAUCUGCAGAAACAGGAGGAAAUUGCGUGGGACCAACAAAAUCAUUUGUACCUUGUAAAGUUUGCGGAGAUAAGGCCUCAGGUUAUCAUUACGGUGUAACGAGUUGCGAAGGUUGUAAGGGAUUUUUUCGUAGGAGCAUUCAAAAACAAAUAGAAUAUCGUUGCUUAAGAGACGGCAAGUGUCUUGUGAUUCGAUUAAAUAGAAAUCGUUGCCAAUAUUGCCGUUUUAAAAAGUGCUUGCAAGUCGGGAUGAGCAGAGAUUCUGUUAGGUACGGACGCGUUCCUAAGCGUUCGAGAGAUGUUUGCCAACAAAUUGUCGAUGAGACGAGUAGGGGCUCCAUAGUAGUUGCACCCCCAAGUUUGACGCCCCCGAGAUCUUUGACUUCGCCUCCGAUGACCAAAAACACAGUGAUGAUACAAGAAACAGAAGUUCUGCUAAGUUGUACCUCCGAACCAUCCCCUUACGAUAUUAUAGCUUGCGUGGGUCAAGCUCACAGGACCCAUUGUAGUUACACUGAAGAAACGAUUCGGACCCUGGUCAAAGGCCUGUUGGUCAAGCCAGUACAAUUUCGGAAGAAUACUGCACCAACUAGUUCAGAAGCAAUUUUACUUCAUCAGCGUGUAUGGUUAUGGCAGCAAUUUGCAUCCAGGAUGACGCCAGCUGUGCAGAGAGUAGUGGAAUUUGCCAAAAGAGUCCCUGGGUUUUGUGAUCUCAUGCAGGACGAUCAGCUGAUACUUAUCAAACUUGGAUUUUUUGAGGUGUGGUUGUCUCACGUUUCAAGAACGACUUCAGAUUCUGCAUUGAUGUUUGAUGAUGGAACAUAUUUCACGAGGCAACAGUUAGAAAUUAUUUAUGAUAACGAGUUUGUCACGGCCCUGCUUCGUUUUACGAAUUCUCUGAAUGCCCUGGGUCUAAGUGAGACUGAACUAGGACUUUUCUCAUCGUUAGUUCUGAUCGCCCCAGACAGGGCCGGAAUUAGCGUCCACAAAUCAGUCACAAGGGUACGGGAACGUCUCACUGAAGCACUAAGAGUGCAGAUAUCCAGGACCAGACCAGGAGAACUGAGUCCUCUCUUGCCAAUUUUAGAGGCCAAAUUACCAGAAUUAAGAGUUCUUGGAUCGAGACAUAAUUCGCAUCUGGAUUGGUUUAGGGGAAACUGGACAAAUUUAAGAUUGCCACCGCUUUUUGCUGAGAUUUUUGAUAUACCGAAGUGUGAAGAUGAUAAUUGA